AAACAUAACACAGUAAAGUACAACAUAACAGAGCAUAGUAGAAUAAUGGGCAACAGAUCGCCAAUGCUUUCUUUAAGUAAUAUUUAAGUUCAGAUCAGAGUAAGUAUGACUUCUGUGGAGCAAUUAAAAAAAGUGCGAUUACCGCAGUACAAAGCACGGUCGACUUUUCUCGACAGGCGUGUGACAGGGAACAGAAAAGUCCUGAAAGAAGAGUGUUUGAUACUUUAUUUAUUUUUUCUUUUUUUGUGGUUCAUUUACCAACGCAGAAGUCACCAGUGUUUGUCGGUCAGUCGGGAUUGAUGAAUUUUACACUCAAUGCCCGUGGCGAUGGCUGUAAUGUCAAAGAGAAGCGCGUUAGCUUGCAACUCGACGACAGGAAAGUUUUCAGUGCCGUGGUAGAAAUCUCCAAUAAUGAGUUCAUUUUGAACAAGUUUACAAUGAAACUGCCUGAUAUUGACAUCAAUAAAGCUGAAACCCGAGUGAGAGUGAUUUACUCUGGUGGAGACAAGCUGCCUGAGAGAGUGGACGUGGAAUUUAAGUCAAUAUUCAGUAAUGUCAAACCAACAGUUCUGGAGAACAUUGGGCCGGAAAACUCUUCCUAUAGUCUGAUAGGAACUGGCGAGUACUAUAUAGACACUAUCAUGCAUGCGACUAAUGGAACAAAGUUUCACUCUGUGGAGCAAAACAGGAAAAUCAAGUUUGGUAAUUUUGGAGGUUACACUGUGGUUAUUCACCCGCCUAAGGGUGAUCCCGACUCUGGCAAGUUUGAUUCAUUCAUGUACGAGGAUGCUCCGGGUACGACCGUGUCUCGUGUGUUACAAGUUCCACAGUAUGUUGUGCUGACUGCAUCUGAGGUCAUGUUCUCUGUGACUGGCUUGGGAUUUGCAUACUCGCAGGUGAGUAAUUACAGCCCGUCCACACCACGUCGUACACUGUAUUGUUACUGUGUUUUAUUCUUGGUGGUGCAAAUGCGAAAGACACGGAACAAAAUGGCGGGCUUACAAUGUGCCUCCAGUCUAAUCUGGUACCCAGUUCUCACUCUGUUUGACUCCAUUCAGCUUGGUCGGGGGAGAUCUGGGCUCGAUAUUUCCUACGGUGAAGGAAGGAAAAUGGUUUUCACGUGCAUUUUUUGUUUUUCGCAGGAUAAAGAGAUGUUCCUGUACGGAGGUCUAAUGGGCGUGAUCGCCAUUAUCUUUGGAAUCAUGUCCUACUUCUACAAGUAUGUCACUCCGGAGGAACUUGGAGAAAUCGCCAAGGAUGAAGAAAAGGAGAACCUCGACUUAAACGGGAUCCCGAUGGAGGAUCGUUCACCGGAUAGCAACGGAGAUGACACUAAAGUGUAACGUAACUGUACACUUAAAUGUAACGCAACUUAACACUAAAGUGUAACAUAUAUACCUUUAAUUUGUAGAGAGCCUGAGACCGUUUUACUCUUCAGUCCUUCUCUUUAUAGAUCGUUUUACU